CUCUGCAACACCGUUUUUAAGCGCGUGAACGAAAUCUAUAUGUUUUUUUUAUAUAUUUAAAUUAUUUAGAAUCGUCGUGUUCAAGUUUUAUUGACCUUCACUUCCGUUGUGUGUAUGAACCAGUGUUGUUCUUUCGCCGACGUGAUAAUUAUAUUUUUAUAAACGAUCUAUCAUUUUAUUUUAAUGAGAAAAUUACCAAUGAAUGUUUUUAUAUUAUUUUUAUUGGUCGCGAAAUUGUACCAUCAAGCUGAUUCCAAAGACAUAAUAUUAGAAGAUGAAGAAGAUGUUAUUAUUUCGAUAUAUUUUACAUCUAAUUUAAAUGUAAAAUGCGGUUAUUCAGGAGACUUUAAGACCAAUAGUUUUGAAUGGAAAAAGAUUUACAACAAUAAUAAAUGGAUGAACAGUGAAAAGAAAUUAAAUGUAAUUAGCAGAUCACAAUGGUUGAAAUUCGAAAAUGUGAAUGACUUCGAUUCAGGCCAAUAUUAUUGCCUUAAAAAAGGUACGAACAGUACUGGAACGUUUUACGAAAAACGUGGAUUUGUUUUGGAUAUGUCUUUAACCGUAGAUAAAAACUCCAAAGUAAAAUUUCAAAAAAAUUUCACCGAAAACGUACCGUUAUUAGUAAACAGAACUCUACAUCUUAGUUGUCCAUUUAGGAGUUCAAGUGAUACAGAAUUUUCAUGGUAUAAAGAUGGCAACUUACUUGUUAAAAGAAAAGCAAUACUUGAAGGUGUACAAUUUAUUGAUAAUUAUUACACUUCAAAGUCGGUAAGAUUAUCGGAUGCUGGAAAUUAUAAGUGCGUGGUGAAAAAUAGUAAAGGUUCAAUUCAAUUUAAAUUCAAUGUUGGUGUUUAUGAGGAUGCAAACAAAUUGCCCCCUUCUCUCGAUUACCCACAAGAUUUGCUAUUAAAAACUGGAAUGGUUGGCAAAUUUAGUUGCAAUGCUUUUGAUUAUUAUCCUGGAUGGGAAAUCAGUUGGUACUAUACAAAUGAUACAAAUCUAAUGGAUAUGGACAUAAAAAGUGUGGAUUUUUCAAAAUUUAAAAAGUUGAAGAAUAACUUUGAUAUUACAUUGGACAAUCACGAAUUAAUAAUCGAUUCUGUUACGAUUCAUAAUGUUGGAUGGUAUAUUUGUGUUGCACCAGGAAUCCCUAAUCAUGUAAUGGCUGAAGCUAAAUUGGAUUUGGAGAAAAAAAUAGAGAUGUGUCCGCCUCUAGAAUCAGAUAGUUUAGAUAUUAAAUGUACUCUAAACGGUAAAAAUACCAAUUGUUCAAAUCCUUCGCUACCCAAAACAAUUGCUAAACCAUUAUGCAAGCCAACAUAUAUUGUACCAAAAGGACAAGAAGCUACUCCAAAUGAAUUACUUUGUCAGUCUAAUGGAAUGUGGAAUAAUAAUUUAUAUAAUACGUGCAUUCAAAACUGCGGUAGAAUACAUGUCAAACACCAAGGAGGUAAUGGGGAGAAAGCAUCUAUUGGAACAACGCCUUGGAAUGUUAUAAUAUAUAGAUUUAAUACAAGUACUUCCAAAUAUAAAUUAAAAUGUACAGGGUCAAUAAUUACACAAAAUUUAGUAAUUUCUGCGGCGCAUUGUUUUUGGAAAAAAGGUAUGUCUAAAAAUAUAACAAUAACUGAUGGUGAAUACAAAAUUGCUGUUGGAAAAUAUGAUAGAAAUUUUACAUUAAUUCAUAAUAACUCUACUGAAAUAGUGGAUGCGAAAAUGAUUUAUGUGGAUGAAAAAUAUUAUGGAGCCGAAGGAUUUUAUGCUCAAGAUAUAGCUGUUAUUGUAUUAGCAAAGAAAGUUUCUUUUAGUAAAGUUGUUGAACCUGUCUGUAUCGAUUGGGAUUAUAAAUACAAUAUUGAGAAUGGAGCUCAAGGAAAGAUUGUUAUUUGGGAGAUAGAGUUAAAUGGAAAAAUAUCAAAUCCUGUUUUAUUAGAAGUAUCUUUACCAUACAUUGACCUUAGUUCUUGUCGAAAUAUGUAUAACGGAUUUGAAAUAUUUCUGUUUGGUGAUAAGUUUUGCGCUGGUUCUACAUUGGUUUCAGGUCAUGGAAUUGCCUUAGGGGAUAGUGGUGCAGGCUUAACUUUUUUACAAUCUAGUUAUCAUUAUUUAACUGGAAUAGCGAGUCUGAGGAACCCAGAGAGUAAUAAUUCAGUCUCAGCUUUUACAGAUCUUAAACCACACAUUCAGUGGAUUCGCAAACUGUAUGACACAUAUUCUUCAUAAUUUUUAUUUAUACAAGAUACGAUAUUUUAUUAUAGACAUAAAUAUUAAACUAUUUAAAUUAUUUAUUAAUUGAAU